UUCUCUCUCUACAACUUAGCUAAUUUGAAUGAAAAAAGUAAGUCUAUGAAAUCACAUGAUGUUUCUGUACAUUUUAAUCCUUAAGCUAUGAGCCCAAUGAAUUGAUAUCUGUAACCAGUGAGGAAGCCGUCACUAAAAGGUGAGAUUAUAUACAGAUAGAUAGAUAUGUAAAGAUGCACACACAGAGAUAUUUAAUACUAAGUUUCUUGUAUGCUUUUUCUAAAAUGUUGGCAUGUUCUGUAUGUAACAUUCUUUUUUUGAUCUAGUUGGAUAAAAGAGAAACAGAUCAGAAGAGGGAGACUUACUCCCAUCUGAGAGACUAGUAGCCAAAACUCUUGGAAACCUGUCAGAUUGCCUGUGUGAGACUGCUAGAAUGGGUUGUAUUAGUUUGCUAGGGCUGCUGUAACAAAAUAUCACAAAUCGAGUGGUUUAAGCAACAAAAAUUUGUCUCAAUCCUCAAGGCUAGAAGUUGGUAUCAGGAUGUUGGCAGGGUUGGUUUCUUCUGAGAGCUGUGAGGAAGAAUCUCUUCCAUGCCUCCCUCCUAGCUUCUGGUGGCUGCUGUCAAUCGCUCCAAUCUCUGCUUUCAUCUUCACAUGGCAUUCUUUCCUUUUGUAUAAGGACAUCAGUCCUAUUGGAUUAGGAACCCACCCUAACCAGUAGGACCACAUCUUGACUAAUUACUUCUGCAACAAUGCUACUUUCCAUAAGGUCACAUUCUGAGUUAAAGGGGAUAAGACUUCACCAUAUGAAUUUUAGUGGGAUAGUAUUCAGCCUACAAUGUGGGACAAAUGAGGAGAGAUUCAUAUUUGGAAACAAGGGGAAGGCUAGCAGUGGCCUGGCAAGAGAUGAGCCCUCAACAGAAGAGAAUGGAGCUAACAGACCCUAGAUCUGUCCCACACCCUCCAGAGCUCUGCCACUACGUAAGGGUCCUCAGACCCAAACCCGUGAUGGCAGUGGAAGUGGCUGGAGCCAUCACUGCCUCAGGCCUGCAGUUGUUGACCCUGUGUGAGGGAUCAACAUUAUGUAGUGUCCUUCCUUGUCUCUUGUAACAUUCUUUAUUUUAAAGUCUAUUUUAUCUGAGUAUUGCUACUCCAGCUUUCUUUUGAUUCCCAUUUGCAUGGAAUAUCUUUUUCCAUCCCCUCACUUUCAGUCUGAAUGUGUCCCUAGGUCUGAAGUGGGUCUCUUGUAGACAGCAUAUAUAUGGGUCUUGUUUUUGUAUCCAUUCACCCAAUCUGUGUCUUUUGGUGGGAGCAUUUAAUCCAUUCACGUUUAAGGUAAUUAUCGAUAUGUAUGUUCCUAUGACCAUUUUCUUAAUUGUUUUGGAUUUGUUUUUGUAGGUCCUUUUCUUCUCUUGUGUUUCCUGCCUAGAGAAGUUCCUUUAGCAUUUGUUGUAGAGCUGGUUUGGUGGUGCUGAAUUCUCUUAGCUUUUGCUUGUCUGUAAAGCUUCAGAUUUCUCUGUCGAAUCUGAAUGAGAUCCUUGCUGGGUAGAGCAAUCUUGGCUGUAGGUUCUUCCCUUUCAUCACUUUAAGUAUAUCAUGCCACUCCCUUCUGGCUUGUAGAGUUUCUGCUGAGAAAACAGCUGUUAACCUUAUGGGAGUUCCCUUGUAUGUUAUUUGUCAUUUUUCCCUUGCUGCUUUCAAUAAAUUUUCUUUGUCUUUAAUUUUUGCCAAUUUGAUUACUAUGUGUCUUGGCGUGUUUCUCCUUGGGUUUAUCCUGUAUGGGACUCUCUGUGCUUCCUGGACUUGGGUGGCUAUUUCCUUUUCCAUGUUAGGGAAGUUUUCGACUCUAAUCUCUUCAAAUAUUUUCUCUGGUCCUUUCUCUCUCUCUUCUCCUUCUGGGACCCCAUAUAAUGCGAAUGUUGUUGCGUUUAAUGUUGUCCCAGAUGUCUCUUAGGCUGUCUUCAUUUUUUUUUUAUUCUUUUUUCUUUUCUGCAGCAGUGAAUUCCACCAUUCUGUCUUCCAGGUCACUUAUCCGUUCUUCUGCCUCAGUUACUCUGCUAUUGAUUCCUUCUAGUGUAUUUUUCAUUUCAGUUAUUGUAUUGUUCAUCUGUUUGUUUGUUCCUUAAUUCUUCUAGAUCUUUGUUAAACAUUUCUUGCAUCUUCUCGAUCUUUGCCUCCAUUCUUUUUCCGAGGUCCUGGAUCAUCUUCACUAUCACUAUUUUGAAUUCUUUUUCUGGAAGGUUGCCCAUCUCCACUUCAUUUAGUUGUUUUUCUGGGUUUCAUCUUGUUACUUCAUCUGGUACACAGCCCUCUGCCUUUUCAUCUUGUCUGUCUUUCUGUCAAUGUGGUUUUGUUCCACAGGCUGCAGGAUUGUAGUUCUUCUUGCUUCUGCUGUCUGCCCUCUGGUGGAUGAGGCUAUCUAAGAGGCUUGUGCAAGUUUCCUGAUGGGAGGGACUGGUGGUGGGUAGAGCUGGCUGUUGCUCUGGUGGGCAGAGCUCAGUAAAACUUAAAUCCACUUGUCUGCUGAUGGGUGGGGCUUGGUUCCCUCCCUGUUGGUUGUUUGGCCUCAGGCAGCCCAACACUGGAGCCUACCAGGGCUCUUUGAUGGGGCUAAUGGCAGACUCUGGGAGGGCUCACGCCAAGGAGAGCUUCCCAGCACUUCUGCUGCCAGUGUCCUUGUCCCCUCUGUGAGCCACAGCCACCCCCCACCUCUGCAGGAGACCCUCCAACACUAGCAGGUAGGUCUGGUUCAGUCUCCUAUGGGAUCACUGCUCCUUCCCCUGGGUCCCGAUGUGCCCACUACCUUGUGUGUGCCCUCCAAGAGUGGAGUCUCUGUUUCCCCCAGUCCUGUCGACGUCCCGCAAUCAAAUCCCGCUAGCCUUCAAAGUCUGAUUCUCUAGGAGUUCCUCCUCCCGUUGCCGGACCCCCAGACUGGGAAGCCUGACGUGGGGCUCAGAACCUUCACUCCAGCGGGUGGACUUCUGUGGUGUAAGUGUUCUCCAGUUUGUGAGUCGCCCACCCAGCAGUUAUGGGAUUUGAUUUUACUGUGAUUGCGCCCCUCCUACCGUCUCACUGUGGCUUCUCCUUUGUCUUUGGAUGUGGGGCAUCUUUUUUGGUGAGUUCCAGUGUCUUCCUGUGGAUGACUGUUCAGCAGUUAGUUGUGAUUCUGGUGUUCGUGCAAGAGGGAGUGAGAGCACGUCCUUCUACUCCACCAUCUUGAACCAACCUUGAGUCAUGAACUUUCUGCACUGCUUUGAGUGAAUUGACAACAGGAAGACCUGAUGGACCCACCACUAAUACCCCUGACUCAUGUGAAUUGAGAGGCAGAGAUAAAAGGUGAGAUAUAAAUAUAGAGAGAGGGGAAGAGGGAGGAUAUUGAGAUUUGUGAAACCCAAUUAGUUAUGGAGUCCUUGUCUCAGGCAGUGAUUUGAAACCUAUUCAAGGAGAAGACGAUAUCCAUGGUAUGUGAAAAGUAGGUGGUGCAGGGACCCAGGUUCCAAAUAACUGACAUAAUUUUUUUAGAGUUCAACCAGUUUAUAAGUUCUAGAGCAAGUGUAUCCAAUUUCAGCCAAAAAAAGAAGUCAUUUCGUGCUAUGUACAUUUUUAAUCCUUCACAGUGACCCAAAUAAAUUGACAUUAAAGGUCUUUGACUACUUUGAUAUAUCUUGCCUUUUAGUUAUGGUGCCUUCCAAGGCUGCUGAUAUAAUUUACUUGCAUCAGUGCUAUCUAUAUAUUAUUAAUCUCUAUCUUUAUAGAAAGAGUGAGACAGAGAGAAGCAGAGACAGAGACAUAGGGAGAAACAGAGAGGGAAAGACUUGGAAAAUUCAGUCUUAGAAGUAUCCAUGGAAUACAGAGUUUUCUAGACAGUGAUUCUAAAUUUCUGUAAGAUUGGGUCAUCCAGUGAGCUAAGUCAUGGUUCCUUUAGAUUCAAGGAAUUCUUUUUCUUCAAAUAAGUUUUUCAUAUCACUGUUCCAUGUAGCAAAUCUCUAAUGAUAUAUUUUUGCAUUUGUUGGCGGUUAAAGUAUGACGGAACAGCUGUCCAAGAUCGAUGAUGGUGAUGAAGACAUUGACCUUCUCAAUUCACAUUACAGCAAGAUUAAGAGAAUUGUGUACUUGAUUGUAUCAUCCUUCACUUUCAGAAUAUUUGGAAUUUUGCUGACCUUUGUGGAUGUGUCCCUCAUCAUUACAGACAUAGUUGUCUCUGAUAGCACGAUGUAUAUUCCUGUGGAAUAUCGUUCAGUUUCUUUAGCUAUUGCUUUAUUUUUUUUCAUGGAUGUUUUCCUUCGAGUAUUUAUAGAAGGGAUACGACGGUAUUUUUCUGAUAUAUUUAACUCCUUAGAUGCUGCCAUUAUUGUGGUGACUCUACUGGUCAAUAUUGCUUGUAUUUUCUAUGACUUUAAGGUUCUUAAAGAUUUCCCCAAGUCGACAAUUAUUUUACGACCUCUACGACUUAUCACUCUGAUAAGAGUUUUUCAUCUGGCUCAUCAAAAAAGACAUCUUGAAAUGCUGACCAGGAGGAUGGUUUCAGGAAACAAACGGCGAUACAAGAAGGAUGGAUUUGAGUUAGACCUCACUUACAUUACUGAGCGUAUUAUUGCCAUGUCAUUCCCAUCUUCUGGAAAGCAGUCUUUCUAUAGGAAUCCCAUUAAGGAAGUUGUACGGUUCCUGGAUACCAAGCAUCAAAACCACUACCGAGUCUACAAUCUAUGCAGUGAAAGAGCUUAUGAUGCUAAGUACUUCCAUGAUAGGGUCCGUCGAUACAUGAUUGACGAUCACAAUGUCCCCUCUUUGAGUGAGAUGGUGGCGUUCUCCAAGGAAGUAAAAGAGUGGCUGGCUCAAGAUGAGGAAAACAUCACAGUGAUUCACUGUAAGGGGGGCAAAGGAAGAACUGGAACUAUGAUCUGUGCCUACCUUCUUGCCAGUGAAAUAUUUGCAACCGCAGAGGACAGCCUUUAUUAUUUUGGAGAACGACGAACAGAUAAAUCCACCAGCAGUAAAUUUCAGGGAAUAGAAACUCCUUCUCAGAAUAGAUUUGUUGGAUAUUUUGCAAUGGUGAAAAAUACCUACAAUUUGACUCUUCCUCCAGUGAAAAAACUCACGAUGGAAAAAAUCAUUAUUUAUUCAAUUCAAGGUGUUGGAAAAGGCAAUGGAAAUGACCUAAAAGUACAAAUAAUAAUGCAACGAAAGCCUGUCUUUUUCUGUUCUGCUUCCAAAAACUGUGGGAUAGUUCAUGAUGCUGAAACAGACAGAGUAAUAAUUAAUCUAUCCAACUGUCCACCUCUGUAUGAUGAGGUGAAAGUGAAAUUUCUCUCUUCUUCGGAUCUUCCUAAAUACUAUGACGACUGUCCAUUUUUCUUUUGGUUCCAUACAUCUUUUAUACAAAAUAACAGGCUUUAUCUUUCAAGAAGUGAAUUGGAUAAUCCCCACAAACCAAAAGCAUGGAAAAUUUACCGUCCAGAGUUCGCAGUCGAGGUAUAUUUUGAUGACGUUAAGUUGUAGCUGGUAUAAGUGUAGUUCCCCUUCUAGGCUAGAAUCAUGUUCUUCCCAAUCCUUGCUACCUAUUUAUAUCUUUUAAACCUAUUUCCUUGCUGAUAUAUUUACAUAUAUAUACAUAUGUCCUUGAGAACUCUA